UGCCUGGAGCUGCCGCUGGGGCUGUUGUGAUACGCCGCCGCCUCCUCCUCCUCUCUCCUCCUCCUGAUCGCCUUUCUCCCCCCGUCACUCCAGCAGCCCAGCGGUGGCGGAGGGGGAGCAGGAGAGAGCCAAAGAGACGCUGGGUUGGAGCUCCAUCUCCGGGCUGCUCCCCUUCCCAAGCCAGCCCGCUCGCUCGCCAGCCAGCCCAAACCACUGCCGGCGCCGAAAGCACCCCGAACCCUCUUCCGGCAUCUACUCCUGGCAAGCCCGAAGGAGAAACUGGCAUCCACAUCUGGGCGAGCACAUCUGGCCACGCAACGCCGAUUUCCCCCCGGAUUCCGCGCGCACCCGGGAAGGAGAGCUUUCCCUCUUUUCUUGUUAAGCCCUCGGUCUUCCUGGAAGGGGUUCCAUUUUUGAACCGCUUUUUCCCCCCACCACCGAAAAGGAAGCAAAGGAAACGGGGGAGAAAGACCAGCGGAGGAAUCCCAAGGCGGUUUUCUUUUUCUUUUCUUUUUUAUUUAUUUAUUCCUUCCCCCAGGGAUUCAGUUCAUGGGGAUGUGUUCAAGGCAAGAGAGGAUUCAGAAGGAUAUUGACAUAGUGAUCCAAAAGUGCAAGGCGGAAAAGGACUGCCUGUUUGCAGAUUUCAGAUACGCAGAUUCCACUUUUACCUUCACCUACAUUGGAGGAUCCAAAAGCAUCUCCUAUUCGGUGCACGUCUCUGAGGAUUACCCAGAUAACACCUAUGUGUCCAGCUCAGAUAAUGAUGAAGAUGUACUAGUUACCACAGAGCCAAUUCCAGUAAUUUUUCACCGAAUUUCUACAGAAUUGCGAAAAACCAAUGAUGUCAACUGUUGUUUGUUUAUAAAGUCAAAGUUACAAAGAGAAAAUGGAGAGGAAUCAAGACACUGUACUGUGGUUGAAGAAGAUUCAGAAGGAGACAAUGACUCAGAAGAGUUUUACUAUGGAGGGCAGGUUAGUUAUGAUGGAGAACUUCACAAACAUCCACAGCUGGAAGCUGACUUGGCAGCAGUAAGAGAAAUCUAUGGGCCAAAUGCAGUAUCUCUCAGGGAAUAUGGAGCCAUUGAUGAUGUAGAUAUUGAUCUGCAUAUUGAUGUUAGCUUUCUUGAUGAAGAGAUUGCAGUGGCCUGGGAUGUAAUCCGCACAGAGCCUAUAAUUGUGCGUUUGCACUGUUCACUCACACAGUACUUAAAUGGACCUGUGCCCACCAUUGAUGUAUUUCAGAUCUCUACUAAAGAAAGAUUUGGACUGGGGCAUCAACUAAAGAAAAUUAUGCAAACAUUUGUUACACAGCAAUGGAAAAAUGGCAAAGAAAAAUCAAACAGUACGCACAAUAAAAAACUGUCAGAAAAGAAAGUGAAAUCACCCCUGCACAUCUUUUCUACAUUGCGCAGGUCGCCGAGUUAUCCUCCACCAGGCUGUGGGAAAAACAAAUCAAAGCUGAAACCUGAACAAGAUGGUAUCUCAAAAACCCACAUGUUAUUGAGGAGGACUUGUUCUAGCACAGUUAAAUCUGAGGACUCCUGUGUGGCAAAAUCUCACAGAACCUUUGGUCGCUCGCUCUCCAGCGAACAUACAAUGACCAUUAAGUCACACAAACUGUUGAACCACUCUUGCUCUGCAACCAUCAAGCAGGAUGAAGGCAUCACGUUAAAGUCCCACAAACUGCUGAAUAGACCAUGCUCUGGGGAUAUGCGAUGUGAGCACAACAGUACUUUGAAGCCCCACAAACUUUUAAGCAGGUCUUAUUCCAGUAAUCUUAGGAUGGAUGAAUUAGAUGGGUUGAAGAACCACAAGUUACUCAGCAAGAGUUAUUCCAGUGCCCCCAAAUCAUCUAAAAUGGAACUUUUCAAAGAACCCACAAUAACAGAGGGCAGGAGACUCUCUCUUACCUCAGGGCUUAUUGGUAUCUUAACACCAUCCACAUCUUCGCCAUCGCCAUCCGCUGUGCGUAAACGGUUUUCUUCUCCAAAUUAUGGUGCAAAAUCUGUUCCAAUAAGAGACCACGGCUUUCUCGUGCAGACAAUUGAGUUUGCUGAGCAGCGGAUACCUGUACUAAAUGAAUAUUGUGUAGUUUGUGAUGAACCUCACGUAUUCCAGAAUGGACCCAUGCUCAGGCCAACUGUCUGUGAACGGGAACUGUGUGUAUUUGCUUUCCAAACUCUAGGCGUGAUGAAUGAAGCCGCAGAUGAAAUUGCAACAGGGGCUCAGGUUGUAGACUUACUCGUAUCUAUGUGCCGUUCUGCAUUAGAAUCCCCAAGAAAAGUUGUCAUAUUUGAGCCAUAUCCUUCAGUAGUGGAUCCUAAUGACUCUCAGAUGCUAGCCUUUAAUCCCAGGAAGAAGAAUUAUGACCGGGUCAUGAAAGCACUGGAUAGCAUUACUUCCAUAAGAGAAAUGACGCAGGCACCUUAUUUAGAAAUAAAGAAGCAGAUGGACAAACAAGACUCACUUGCGCAUCCUCUACUACAGUGGGUUAUUUCCAGUAAUAGAUCACAUAUUGUGAAGCUACCUGUGAACAGG